AUACUUCAUGUGUACUUGGGCUAUGCCUAUUUCUAUUAAUAAAGUUUUACUGUUACUUAUAAAAAAAAUCUUUUUUGAUCAUUAUAGUUUGUAUGUGCUAAGGGAGCAAGAAAAGUCUUUUUUUAAGGUUUUAAUUUAGUCUGUUGGAUGAAGUUGCUUAUAUGUGGCUACACAAAUUUCAAUUUGGAAUCUAAACACUUAAGUUUGGCAACCUGCUUCCAAUUCUUAGCAUUUCUUUCACAUUUCAUCUUUGAAGUUAUUGUACAGAUACUUGAUCUGCCUAGCAUUUUUCUUUUCAUCUAUAAAAGAAUUAGUUGUAAUAUAGAAACUUAUAGGGCUUUUGCUUUGUAUAAAUUAUAUCCUAGCACUAGCACUAGCACUAGGUCACUUGCAGGUACUUCUUGACAGAGCUGCUGUGUAGCUGUACAUCAGUAAGUAAGCUAGGAUUGGUGUCAGAUGCUUCUUUUUUAUAUUAGUAUUGAUGGUAGAUGCUUCUGCUUUAUACUGAUUGGGGUAUUCGCAAUAUGUUUUUUUGAUAAGUAGGGUAUUCCCAAUAUUAAGUCCAUUGUCUUUAUAUUUGAACUUAUGCCCCAUGGUUAAUCCUUAUUAAUGAACCAGAUGGAUAUGUAUGACAUUGCUUUCCAAACAUGAUUUUUUAUCACUCCGUAAAACUCUUAUUUUAAAUUUUUUCCUUGUUCCAAAUAAAGUUGUACCCCUUGAAGAGUUAUGCUAUGUACUACACCCAUAUCCCCCUUCCAUCUCAUUAUGUCGUUGUGGCAUUGGCCAUUUAGCCGUUGAUUUUUUUUUUUUUUUCCUUGACAGAACAAGAGUUGAUCUAAGGAUGUAGUAUAUAGCAUUUUCACGUGAAUAUACACUCACCAUUAUUAGUUGCAUCUUAAUGUACUAAUUGUGUAAUUCAUGACCGACCCACUUACCAUGAAACCAUUACUGCUGAGCCAAUUUUCAAGACAAAUUUUGAGUGAUGAAAUAUAUCAGUUUCUUUUUCUCCCCCUCCCCUUUUCGCCCUUGUGAAAUGCGAGUGAUAGGGAUAUGUUCUACAACCAUAUAGACUCCACAUGGGGAUGAAGCCUGAAGGCAUUGCUGCUUUUGCUUGGUUUUACGAGUUUUUGUUUUCCUAGUCUCAACUUGAAAUUUUGAGGAUCCCCUGUAGAAGUUCUGCUCGGAGAGUUUCCUAGAAACCGAGGUAUGUCAGAGAAAUAUAGAAUGGGAGCUGGAAUUGGUGAAAGCCUCUCUAUUCAGUUGCAUGUGUCCGGUCCAGUUAUUUUAUGUUUAUUUAUUUUCUAUUUUAUUUUGGCCCUUCUUUUUUGGGAUAUUUCAGGCUUUAGGAGCUGAGAAUAUUACUUUCAAUGGUUGGGCGAGCACGAUUGCUUUUCAAUGGUUGGGCGAGCACGAUUGCUUAGAAAAUUAGUCUGAAAAAGCAACUGAUACUCUAGCUCGUAGCAAUCCCAUUGAAGAGUGUUGAUUUCAACCUCCCGCAUUGUAUGUUGCUGGUUUGUUUCAUUCCUGCUUCUCUGAAAUGGAAAAUAUCAUAAAAAGUUGUGAAAAAAGGGUGGGAAUCUCCCAACUAUAGAAAUGGAAAUCAGGAAUUGAAUUCUCAGAUUUCCCCACAUUUACUUUCCAUAUACAGGUAUGUUCCAUUUUCUUUUCUAUAAACUUCCCCUUCUUCUUAAAAUGACAACACAAUAAAGUUAUUGUGUACAUUAUUCGUUAUUAACUUAAUUUUGGGGCACGCAUGCUUAUUAGGCCCUUCUGGAAUGGAGGUCUCUAUUCCUUUUAUGACACCAACUGCAUUUAGUAUAGAGGGAUGAUCUGUCAUGCUCAAUGUAACAGUCAAAUCAUUUAUUCCCUUUGGUGCAAAGCUGAAUAGAACUCCUGUAGGAAAGUGCUUACUUGAAUUUGAGUUUUGUCAAGUAAAAAUCCUUCCAUAUAGGAGACAUUUAUUGCCUAUCAAACGAAAAACAAUAAAAGGUUAUCCGAAUUGAGGAAUGGAAAUUUAUUUCCUUUCAAAGAGCCAAAUGCCAGCCAGAGACAGCUAAUAAUCAGUCAGAGAAUAUUUGUCAAAACUCGGGGCUCUCUAAUAAAAUUCGUCAAAAGUUGUCUUUAUUAGCUAUUUACAUUGUCUUGAAAGAACUCGCAUUCUUUAUUUGUUCAUGUUUAUUGAAGGAAAAAUGGAUUCUGAUCAGGACAAUGGCUGCUAAAUACUCAAAGAACACAACAGUUUUACUGCUGGUAACAUUUGCUGUCCUUUUAGACUCAGAUGCAGUCCGAGGAUGGGGACCAUUGUCAAAGGUAGAAGAUUUGGAGCUGGAUAGACGGCUCAAACUAAUAAAUAAACCUGCAAUAAUGAGUUUCCAGACUGAAUAUGGAGAUAUUGUAGAUUGUGUUGAUAUCUAUAAACAACUUGCAUUUGAUCAUCCUUUGCUAAAAAACCAUACAAUUCAGAUGAAACCUGAAACCAUUCCAUAUGAAGCUUCAAGAGCAGAUGUGCAUUCAAACGAUGUGCCCAACAAUAUAUCAUGCCCACAUGGAUCGGUGCCCAUCAGGAGUACGAAGGAAGAUCUGCUGAUGGAAAACCAUUUAAAAUCCUUGGGAAUGAAUUACAAAAAUUGGUAUACCUCCUCAAUUGACAUAGGUGGCCAUCAUGUAAUUAAACCUCUUGGUUGCAAACUUGUGCAUGCGAAACUAAGGGGUCAUCAAAGAUUUAUAUAGGUUGUUUUUCUUGUGAAUCAUUGAUUUUAUAGGCAUUAGUAAUUUUUCA